CCGCCAUGGCCGCCUACAGCAAGUUCUUCACCGCGCGCUACUCCACCAUGGCCGGCGCCACCGCCGCCGCCUGCGCGGUCCUCUGCCUGCUCAGCAAGCGGAGGAAGGCGGCCGCCCUGCACGGAAAGAAAAGUGGAAAAACAUUACCUGGCAAUGAGAAAGAAGUCAAGAAAGAACGAGCUGUAGUAGACAGAGUAUUUUUUGCGAGAAUACGACAAAUCCUGAGAGUUAUGGUCCCUAGAACAUUUUGUAAAGAGACAGGUUAUUUGGUACUUAUUGCCAUGAUGCUGAUACUUCGCACAUACUGUGAUAUUUGGAUGAUUCAGAACGGAACUGUUAUUGAGAGUGCAAUCGUAAGCAGGGAUCUGUCGCUAUUCAAGAAAUCCUUUUUUAAAUUUGUAGUUUCCAUUCCACUGAUCUCCCUGGUGAACAACUUCCUGAAGUACGGGCUAAAUGAGCUUAAGUUGUGUUUCCGUGUUCGACUCACCAAGUACCUAUAUGAGCAAUAUCUUCAGACUUAUACCUAUUACAAAAUGGGGAAUCUGGACAACAGAAUAGCCAAUCCAGAUCAGCUACUGACACAAGAUGUAGAAAAGUUUUGUAACAGUGUAGUAGACCUGUAUUCAAACCUUAGCAAGCCAUUUUUGGAUAUUGUUUUGUAUAUCUUCAAGCUAACAAGUGCAAUAGGAGCUCAGGGCCCUGCUUCCAUGAUGGCCUACUUGAUUAUUUCAGGCUUUUUCCUUACACGUUUAAGAAGGCCCAUUGGUAAAAUGACUAUCACGGAACAAAAAUAUGAAGGAGAGUACAGAUUUGUCAAUUCCCGGCUCAUUACCAAUAGUGAAGAAAUUGCUUUCUAUAAUGGGAAUCAAAGAGAAAAGCAAACCAUUCACAAAGCUUUCCACAAACUGGUAGAGCACUUGCACAAUUUUAUCUUGUUCCGGUUUACUAUGGGCUUCAUAGAUACCAUUGUUGCCAAAUACCUUGCGACUGUCGUUGGCUAUCUGGUUGUUAGCCGUCCGUUUUUGAACCUGUCUCAUCCUCGCCAUCAGAAUAGUACCCAUGCGGAACUUUUGGAGGAUUACUACCAAAGUGGAAGAAUGUUACUGAGAAUGUCUCAAGCGCUUGGCAGGAUAGUUCUCGCAGGACGUGAAAUGACACGGUUGGCUGGGUUCACAGCUCGAAUUACAGAAUUAAUGCAAGUUCUGAAGGAGUUGAACAGUGGCAAAUAUCAGCGGACUAUGUUAGCCCAAGAAAAGGAUUCAGAAUUGGAAAAAGCUGUGCCACUGAUACCUGGCUCCGGACGAAUAGUCAUCGCAGAUAAUAUUAUCAAGUUUGAUCAUGUUCCAUUGGCGACACCCAAUGGCGAUAUGUUGAUUAGAGACCUCAACUUCGAGGUACGAUCCGGUGCAAAUGUUCUGAUUUGUGGGCCAAAUGGGUGUGGAAAGAGUUCUCUCUUCCGUGUCCUUGGUGAGUUGUGGCCCCUGUUUGGUGGCUGUCUGACUAAGCCUGAGAGAGGAAAGCUGUUUUAUGUUCCUCAGAGACCAUAUAUGACUCUUGGAACACUCAGAGACCAAGUCAUCUAUCCAGAUACCGUAGAUGACCAGAGAAGGAAAGGAAUUUCUGACCAGGUGUUAAAGGAGUACUUGGACAACGUCCAGUUGGGUCAGAUCCUGGACCGUGAAGGAGGCUGGGAUAGCGUUCAGGACUGGAUGGAUGUUCUCAGUGGAGGAGAGAAACAGAGGAUGGCCAUGGCCAGAUUGUUUUACCAUAAGCCCCAGUUUGCAAUUCUGGACGAAUGUACCAGCGCUGUUAGUGUCGACGUGGAAGGCUACAUCUACAGCCAUUGUCGGAAAGUUGGUAUCACCCUCUUCACUGUAUCUCACAGAAAAUCACUUUGGAAACACCAUGAGUUCUACCUUCACAUGGAUGGACGAGGAAACUAUGAGUUCAAGAGGAUUACUGAAGAUACAAUUGAAUUUGGUUCUUAAAAACAACAAUAAUGCGUAAAUCUACAACCUACUUCAGUGACUGAAAACAGCACGGGGCAUAGAAAGGCACAAAGUACAAUGUAAUUUAACAGAUGGCUCAUUCUUUAAACCAAUUACUAAGUGUAGGAUAACAAAGUGUCCAAAACAAGCUGUCAAGGCAUUUAUUAUAAUGUAGGAUAUUACUAAUUUGUGUAUAUGUUGGUUUAAAUAUUACUAUGUACUAAGAAUGUCCUUAUUCUUGUGGUUUUUAAAACCUGCCUAAAUUAAAUUGGGCUUAAAUCACUGUAACUUUGAUUCAUCCUGGGAUGUAAACAUUCUGAAGUCAACUAAUUCGACUUCUGUUUGACCUUUGCUUCCUCUGGGGAAGAACCCUUAUUAAAGUUAGGGUCGCUACCUCCUCUGAUCCCAGUGCAAAGAGACGUGAAUUUCUGUGUCAUAUCCGGAUGCAUCAUUUCAUUGUACUGAAUAUCAUACCUUUUUUCAGGGCAGUACUAGCCUGUUCUAUUGCAUCAUUACACAGGGCAGCAAGUUUUUCCUUUGGCCAAGGGUGGGUGAGGCUCUGCUUUGCAGGAACAUUGGGAGAGAAGUGAACCUUGGACCCACAUUUCUAACUGCUAAAGAUCUGAGCUUAUUCCAGUGAAGAUCUCAUUCUCAGUCUCUGUCCACAGCUUCCCACUGCUCUUUUGGUCCCAGUCUUCUAUCCGGCUCAAAAAAUAAAAUCAAAUUCUAUUCUGUUGUUGCCUGUGCUUCAUGCACUUCUGGGAAGGGAAGUGGGGGGAAAUGAAGAGGAAUGAGGAAGCUGGGAAAGUUGGAGAACAAAGAGAAAUAAAAAGUUAAACAUAGGAACUCACAUUCUGUAUUUCAAAACAGAGAUCACUGAUGUUCACAUUUAGAAGUGGGUCUGAUCCAUUUGAUAGCUUUGGGAAGCUGUGCACAGGUUCCUAAUAAAACGCCAAGGGCACUUGCUCCAUGAAUUCAGAUUUAUUUUCUUUUACAGGGUGACAUGCUUUUCUUUCUGGGGCGUGUGUGUAUGUUCUGCAUUCAUUGCCUGAGACACAGCAGUUCAAAGCCUUUCAGAACUGUUUCCUGUGAGCAUUUUUGCGUGUGUUUGCCUCUUAGGAAUAACUUCCAUGCCAACUACCUAAUGCUUAAUGUUACAUGAGCAGUUCCCAAACUGAUAAUAAGCCAAUCGCAAACUUAUAGAUGCUGGCAAGACCACAUAUAUCUGAGGCUUUAAGGAGUAUCAGUUUUCCAAGUGAAGCGAUUAUUGUUACUAUAUGAUGUUAUGGGAUCAUUCCUUAGAAGUGGCCCCGUAUAUGGGGCUGGGAAGACAGUGCCUAACUAGUCUGGCUGAUCAAUAAUAUGCCAUUUAGCCCAUAGGAAUUUCUGAAAACCCAUGGACACAGGUCUAGGUAUGUGUCUUUGUUCAUGUGAUGUAACAUAGAAAUGCACUACAUGAAGGCAUGCACUACAUAUGCAAAUAAAUGUGAUCGCUGUCUUUCUCCCCACCCCCUUUGCUGUAAAAUCAACAUAUAUUGUUAGUGACCACACAUCAGUCUUGAAUAUCCCCCUUUCACAGUAAGAUAUCACCUGCCAAAUUUUUGUUCUCCUCGUCCUGCUCCCAAUACGGAGCUUGAGUCCACUGUUUAUAAAUGCCAUUUUUCUUCAUGUAUUUUAUAUGUAUAAUCGGUGGAGAGCUACAGAAGGAUCGAGCUUGGAAGCAGCUUAAAAACUGAACUGACUUUAUCUGUCAUCAUUUCAACUUUUUUCUCCAUACAGUCGUACCUUGGAAGUCGAAUGGAAUCUGUUCCGGAAGUCCUAUCGACUUCCAAAAUGUUCGGAAACCAAAGUGCAGCUUCUGAUUGGCUGCAGGAAGCUCCUGCAGCCAAUCAGAAGCCAUGGAAGCCCCAUCGGAUGUUUGGUUUCCAAAAAUAGUUUGCAAACUGGAACAGUCACUUCCGGGUUUGCGGCAUUCAGGAGCCCAAACAUUCAAGAACUAAGCUGUUUGAAAAUCGAGGUACGACUGUAUUUUGUAUGGCAAGGAGUUGCCCUUCUGUACUCCCACUUUUGUUUGUUUGAACAACUUGGGCAGACUGCUUCUGAUACUGGUUGUGAUAGCCAACAUGUGGUUACUGCAGGGUGAUCAUAUUGCAAAGGCUGGUGUUAAACUGAUUCCACAGAUUGAUCGUCUAGCCCAGCAGUUUCAGCUUAGUGGUGAUCUGAUUCAGAGGUACAUAUAAUCUAUGAGAAUCAGGUAGCUCUGCUGCUAGUGAAACUUCCUUUUCCUAAAUAACACCUGCCUUUCAAGUUGAUAUUAUGUAGUGGCUGUUCUUGAGGGAGUGGUUUUCUUGAAUGCAUCUGUUUUUUAAAGAACUGCUAUAAUUUUUUUAGAAUGGAAAAUGCAGCUUUUUCAAUAUUUGUAUUCUUUUUUCAGAGACAUCUGCACUAAAAUUGAGUAGUAGUAGAUGAGGUUUUUUAAAGAAUGUUGUAUUUUUUUGUCACUAACUAGCAGAAAGUACCCAUUAUUUAUAGAACAUCUUUUGCAGAUAGCCAAAAGGCGUUGCAGUUUGAGACUUAACACUGAGCACAACCGUUGUUUAUCUGCUCUAUUUGAUAGACAAAAUUAACUUCAGUAACCAUUAACCAAUAAAACUGAUUCUUUGAAUUAAACACCAGAUACAAAGUCCAGGGGAACUCCGUAUUCAGAAAUGGUCUUGGCUUUUGCGACAUCUCAAGUUGCAAUAUCCCUACUUUUAUCAAGUCAUCAAAAAUAGUCUGACCUCAUGAGAUAGUAAGUAUAUGAAUGCAAAAUGAACCAGAGCAGUGCUCAAAGGAAGCAGUGUUUGAGAUUAUGCUUUUUAAUUGAAGAAUUUUUUUGAGAUGUAGUGAGUAAUCAUUCAGAAACAUGGUUCAGCUAUGAAUUUGUGCUAUAGUCUUGUAUGUUGAUCGCUGCUUUUAUGAUUGCUUGAACUGGAAUUGUUGGGGUGAUGGGAAGGUCAGCACAAAUGAAGCAGGUCCAUGUCUUCAUUCUGGUGGUAUUUGGUACUCUGGUGAUCAUAGAUGGCUCCCAUUUUAAUGGGACAUAAUUACUGUACUUUAAUAUAUUGUAGCUUGUAAAGCCCUUUGAGAGGAAAGACACUAAAUGUAAGAUUUUUCUAUAUAAGUGCCUCUGGAAUAAUAAAUCUGAGACAAAGA